CUCUUUCGCUCCGCAGUUUUGUUCAGAAGAAAGUGUAAACAAAUUUCCGGAACCUCAGAAAAAAAGACAACUCGGCACCGCCACGCGGAACGAGUCAAUUCGGCGGCACUCGUCGUUCGAUUCCAUUCUUCAUCAUCUCAACAUCUAUUAUCCCUGAUAGUGAGUUUAUACAAAGAAAAACAAUUGAAAUAAUAAUCGAUAACUUUUUUAUUAUCAAUUUGAUUGAUUAAAAACGGAUUCGUUCGUUCACUUACUCCCUUUAAUUUGGUAGGAUCCAAGGCGGUUUUCGGAGAUUUUCGUUGUCGGUUUUUUUAGUUUUUAGAAUAUAUUUUAUUGGUUUUUUUCUUUUAUAAAAAAUAAUUUUGGUGAUGUUGGAUUUUCGGGAAGGAGGGGUGAGGGGCUAAGGUUCUGGUGGGUAAUGAUUAGGGUUUUUUCGUGUGGGUUUGGAGAUGGAUGAGAAUUCUGAGCUUGAAGAAGGAGAAGCUUGCUAUUACAGAGAUGAUGACGGCAAAAUUAACCCCGAUACCGCUUUCUCUUACCUUGAUGAGAAGAUUAAAAACGUUUUGGGUCAUUUUCGGAAAGAGUUUGAAGGCGGCGUUUCUGCAGAAACCUUGGGUGCAAAAUUUGGUGGGUAUGGCUCAUUUUUACCUACCUAUGAACGUUCUCCUUCAAGAUUAUCACAUCAAAAGACACCACAAGGGAACUCCUGCAUACAGAGAUCUACAAACAAUUUAUCCAUGGAGGUUGCAUUCCAGAAUUCAAAAGCUCCUCCAAGUGCACCCUUAACUGUGGGACCUGGGAAUGCUUCCUGUUCAAGUGGAAAUAUUGCUGCUAAACAUGAUUCUCAUUUGUCUUUUAAUCAUGUUGCUGGGAAGCCUGCCUUAAAGGAUGUGAGUUUUAACAGAGAUGAGAUUCCCACUGACCAGAAGACACUGAAGGUCCGAAUUAAGGUGGGAUCUGAUAACAAAUUUCAAAAGAACUCCGCAAUCUAUAGUGGCCUUGGGCUUGAUGAUUCUCCAUCUUCGUCGUUGGGGAACAGUCCAGAUGAAAGUGGAGGAACAGUGACGGCUUCUCCAGGAGCGAAAAAUGAAUCACCUACUAAAAUUCUUCAGGUUAUGACUUCCUUCCAUGCCCCUGGUGGUCUACUCAUAUCUCCUCUUAAUGACAGCCUGCUAUGCUUAUUAAGGAAGGAGAAGGAAGGACCUUCUAGAGAUAUUACAACUAUCCCCAUGCUUAAGGGAUGUCGAGGAAAUUCUUCUGGGUUAAUAGAUGAGUACAUUUUGGGUAAUGGAAAAGAACCCAGUGAGAAGAAAACAAAAUUUUUAAUUGCGAAAAGCAAAAAGGUGCUGGAAUCGAAGCAUGGAAAUUGUGUGAAGGUUGAGAAUGAUAAGAAGCUGCUCAUAAGAAAGAAGUCUGAAAACAAGAUUGCAGGAGGGAAGGAGUCGCUGGCUAAUGACUUGAAACACACAUCUCUAUCUAAUUCAGUGAACGUUGCUGGCGCUAUGGAUGCCUCACCUAGGGUAUGCGAUAUUUCUGUGGAUGCCAAUCAGGAUGGAUCAAGAGGUGGAUUAUUUUCCUCUGACUCAUCAAAGAAGGAUUAUUUGGAGUCAAUAUCUGGAAGGAAUAGAUCUAGUGGCAAGAAGAAAAAACAGGAUAUUCUGCUCUGUUCAGUUGAAAAGGCUCAGGAACAGAGUGUACUAAGUUCUGAUAAGAAUGCUUCACUUGACCUUGUGGAUUAUGGUGGCAGUAAAUGCAACCAAAAUACUGCCCCUUUAAAGCGUAAGGAAGUUUCAAAAGCAAAGGUUGGUCAGGAAGCUACAUUUCAUGUUCAGAAUGAAAUAAAUAUUCCCUCUGAAAACACAUUGUUUGUGGGAAAAAAGUCAAAAGGUAGCGAAAAUGCGGGGGAAUUGCUGCUGUCAAUGAAGGAAAGUUUGAGACUUGAUGUGGGUGCAACACCUAAAGAUAGCACCAGUUCUAGUCAGAGUUUAUCUUCAGGUAAAAGUAAGAUGCAUAAGUUGAAGUUGCUGAAGGAUAAGGUCCGAGAUAAUCAUAGAGAUGCAUUUGACGCCAAUUUCAAACAAAAACAUGAAAAAAUGGAUUCAUCAACAAGGCUUGUUCACAGUAGGCCAAAAGAAAUAUUUAGCGAUAGAACAGUUGACAACCAGCUGUUGGGAGUGGAUGCUCCAGGUGUGGUUCAUCAUCUCACCGAUAAGACACUUGCCUCGCAGACAACAGCAUUGACAGCUGCUGCUCCUGUUCUCAUAGAAGAAAACUGGGUUCAGUGUGAUCGUUGUCACAAGUGGCGACUUUUGCCUUUUGAUACUAGACCUGAACAACUCCCUGAGAAUUGGUUGUGUAGCAUGCUUAACUGGCUGCCUGGAAUGAACCGGUGCAACAUUAGUGAGGAUGAAACAACGAAAGCUCUUAAUGCAUUGUACCAGAUACCGGUUGCUGAGAAUCAAAAUAACCCAACCUUGUCAGCUCAUCUUCAGCAUCUUGAUCAGAAAAACUCUAGUUUCAAUUCUCAGGUAUCAUCAAUUCAAAGCAAGAACCGUGGCACAAAGGAAGUGUGCAAAGUGAGUAAAGGUGGCCUGAGCCAGAUGUCAAAAACUAAAAUGAACCAGCAGCAAGAAUCUUUGAAAAAUAGGUCCUUAAAGAACAUGACCCAGGUUCCUGUUGAAUCAAAUCUCACAGAUAAAACUAGCUUUCAGCAAAAUGAGAAGAAUCCAGUUGCAGGAGUGACCAAGCAAGCACAGAUGAAAAACAAGAGGGAGUCUGGUCUGUAUCCGAAUGAAGGUUCAAAGAAAGCCAAAACAGAAGCUGUAUACACCACCGAUAAACAUCAGAGUUCUAACCAGGACAUCAGAACAGUGAGCCUUAACACAAGCACUGCUUUGCCAACUCAAGCAAAUGGAAAACGUGUGCAGAAUUAUAAUGAGUACUUCAAUUCUGGCAAUGUAAAGCGUGAUUUGAAAGAAAGAUCAGUAGUUUCUGUUAAGAAAGUUGUGGAUCAAACUCGGGCCUCAUCUGAUGGUAUGCCAUUAGACAUGAAAAGAAAUGGUAAAAUGGCUCCUGUGAAGAAAAGGAAACUGGAUGACCGGGAGGACUGUCAAAAUGGGCACAAGUUAUAUAUGAAGGAAGAAAGUAGUGAGAGUGGCUUUUGGAAUGGAAAGAAAUCACGAGCUUCAAAGAUUGAGGGGAAGCAGUCUCUUCGAAAUGAUGGUAAUGGCACAUUAAACUGGAAAAGAAUGGAUCCUUUGAUUGGUGGCACUGAAGAAGUCAGAAGCAUUGAUAGGAACCAACAACUUAGAAAACACAAGGAAAAGUCCUCUUCCCAAAUAACUUUGGAUGGCCUUGAUUCAUUGAGAAGGGAUUCUGAAACUGGACUAAUUUCGAAGGCUGCAAUGUCUAGCUCUUCAAAGGUUUCUGGUUCUCAUAAAACAAGAGUAAACUUUGAAGAAGCAAGGGGUUCACCAGUCGAGUCGGUUUCUUCGUCUCCCAUGAGGACCUCAUAUCCCGGAAAGUUUGCAUUGAACAAAGGGGAGGAGCAUUCAGGGAAGAAUGCUGAUGCUAAUACCUCCAUUACCCCAAGUGGCAAUUCUGGAAGAUGUUGGGAUGGAGAAGGUAUUGUUGAGCUUGUUCAAUCUGUUCCAGAAAUGAAAGAGAAAGUGUCAAGUGAUUUUAAUCCUAAAUCACAUAAAUAUUCUACCGUGGAUUGUCAAAAUAGAGAUUCUGUUUGCAAAAUUAGCAUUAAAACAAAAACUUCUAGAUUGGGGAUUAGCCAUUUGGGCAAUGGUGCUACACGUUUUGCAGAAAAUGGACAGCAUGCUCUAGAACGUCCCCAUGGUGAGGAUAGAGUGAACAGGGAUUGCCAGGUCAAUGCGUUUUCUCAGGAAUCUGACAAGGGUUCACCGAUAAAGAACAGUGAAAGUUCUGCUGCAGAUAAGAUGAAGGUUGAUCCAGCAUAUCAAUGGGAAGAUUUGUUUUCUAGAAAGAACAUGAAGUAUCAGUCACAUGUUGGUCCCAAUGGUCAUGGAUGUCUUCAAGAAACAGUUGCUGAUUGCAAACUCAAUUUGCCAAAACCUAACAAGGAUGAGAACUAUGUUGAAAGGAGGGACCCUUCAGGACAUUGGUCAAGUGGCAGUAGAAAGGAAGCCCGAUUAAAUAAAAAGCAUGAUGUUGACUCAAAAUCUGCUGCUUCAUGCAGCAAAAAGGGGAAGACUGCCCCUGAGAAAAACCUGAUCCGGGAUAUUGAUGGUCAAACUAAAGUAAUGCAAGUGGAGACAAGAAGUGGAUUCUCAAAAUCAUCUUUGCAUUGCAAAGUCGAAAGUCAGCAAGAAAUAAAGGGCCAUCUAACAGCACCAGAAGCUGAACAGGGAGUUGUUUCUGAUGGGUAUUCAGUUAAUGGCUCUUGUAAUGUUGAUUCGUCUGAGGCUAUAAAACUUCUUGGAAAAGCUGGCAGCAAGAAUGGAUCUAACCACAGUUCGGGGAAACACAUAGCUGACUUGCAUAUGGCUCACAGACCACUAAGAGAAAAUUCCACUAACCAGACAGCAAAUAAUGCCCUGAAUGAUGCUGAGAAGCUUAGAAAUUAUGCUGAUCGUCUUAAGAGUUCCGGUUUUGCUUUGGAAAGCAAUGAGAUUUACUUCAAAGCUGCUCUUAAGUUUCUUGGUGUUGCUGCCUGUCUAGAGAGUAACAAUAGUGAGAGUGGUAGACAUGGCGACACAAACCACAUGCAAAUUUAUAGCACUGCCAUAGAACUUUGCGAAAUGUGUGCCCAAGAAUUUGAAAAAAGUGGAGAAAUGAUCGCUGCUGCUUUGGCCUAUAAAUGCAUGGAGGUAGCAUACAUGAGGGUUGUUUACUGCAAAGAUUCUACUAGCUGCCGUGACCGGAAUGAGUUGCAAGCAACUCUUCAGAUGGUUCCCCAAGGUGAAUCUCCAUCAUCUAGAUCAUCUUCUGUAUCAGAUGUAGAUAAUAACUUAAAUAAUCAACAAACCGUGGAAAAGGCUCCAUUAGCCAAGGGUUUAGUUUCACAUGUUGGUGGGGCUCAUGUGAUUGUUGUUAGAAACCGCAGUUUUGUUCGGCUGCUCGACUUUACACAGGCAAUGAUUUUUGCUAUGGGGGCUACAAGAAAAUCCCAAAACGCUUUUACAGCCGCAAAGGCAUCCCUGGAGAAAACACACAACCCUGAGUGGAUUAUUUCUGUUAGAAAGGUGAUGCAUUUCAACUUCCAGGAUGUGGAGGGAUUUAUAUGCUUGGUUCAGCAGGCUACGGAGGCCAUUAGUCGUUCAGGUUUAGGCGGUGCUAGAGAAUAAGUUACCAUGUAUAUACCCUCUCUUGAAGGAAGAGGAAAAAGAUGCCUGCUUAGACGUCAUUUCGAAACAACCAAAGACUCCGGUCACCUACACCAUGUUGCCUCUCUGUACAUGUGUACAAAGUGGGACUAAUCUGCAAAAUUUUGAUAAUGUAUAUUUCUUAUUUUUCUUUUUCCCACCUUGUUGACAUUUUUAAGCACGGUCACCCUUAAGUUUUGUGGGUGAUGGGAAUUCUAGCUUUGUUUGAGAAAUUCAAUAUGGUAGUAUUUUUUUGCUCCAUUUAUCUUGGGGCCGUAAAAAGAAUACAUAGAGAUGAUUAGACAACCAUUUUGAGGAGGUUGCAUACUGAUAUACUGUUGAUGGAUGACUUCUAUGAAUUUAUGCAUCAUUCUUCUCUUCACAAUUUUGGAAUGGUAAAUGAUAAUUCUUUUU